AUGUUAAAGUACUUCAAAUCGGUCAUCUUACUCAUCUCAAUCCCAGCAAUCUUGGCUGCUGAUUCACCAUGGCCAUCUAGCAUGAAUUCAUCCCUCAUCGGUCAAAAUUCAACUUCAUUGAACUCGACCAACAAGAAUAACUCCGCCUCUUCAGAUUGGAACCCAUCAGCUGAAUUCAAUCCAGGAACAAAUGCUCGUAUACCAUCAUCAGUCUCGGGUGCCUGUCAAGCAUUCUUGGCUAGAUUGAAUUCAAACUCUGAAGUUAAAGCCUGUACUGCACCUCUUAUGAAUGCGACCGCUUCAUUCUCUUCUGGUGCUUCGUCUGUUACACCCGAUCAAGUUCAAUCAGCUUUUCAUGAUCUUUGUGGUCCAGCUUCGGGGAAUGGUUGUCAAACUGGACUUUUUCAUGAAAUCCUGAGUCACUUUUCGGGUAAUUGUUCUGAUGAACUACAUGCUGGAAUUCCUGCUAUUCGAUCGGCUUAUGAUGUUUUAUACAUCAUGACUCCUUACAAGCGAGCACUUUGUGCACAAGAUCCUAAAACUGGAGAUUAUUGUCCGACUACUAUCGCUUCAUCUGUGAUCAAUUCCUCAAGCGACAGUAAAGAUCCUGCAAUGUCGGCCACCGAUUUCCGUACGAUGAUCACCUCCCUUUUACCUUCUGGUAAACUCGUCACUCAACUUGGUGGUAGUCUUACCCGACGUGCAAUUGCUGCUGUUACCCCUGGUCACGCUCAUCAUAACCACGACCGCCGAGAUCAUGCUUCGAUCGCCAGAUCAUCCCACCUUAAAGCUCGCGAUGACAACAGCUCUUAUACCAGCGAUACCUACACCAAUGGCAAUGUCACCAACAGUACUAUCACCAAUAGCACCUUGACCAACAGUACUUCCAACAACGGCACUUCCACCAAGCCUAAGACUAAUAGCUCCAGCUCUUAUGCCAAUAACGAUCAUCCAGACCCCACCACCUUCACGACCACCAAUCUUGCAUUCUUAUUCUUGAGUCCCACCUUACCUAAGAAUGCACUCUGUACACCUUGUACGAUUGCAGUGAUGGCAUCUUACAUUGCUUUUGAACAAAGUACACCUCAUUUCGGUGGUUUACGUGCUUCUGGAUAUUUAUCGGGACAAGUGAAGUUAUGGCAAGGGAUCACUGGAAAGUGUGGUGCUCAAUUUGCUCAAUCGAUUAGUGAUCGAGCUGGGAUUGUGAAUUUGAUGAGUACUAGUGAUGCUACUUCGAUUAAGGCUUCAUUCAAGGGGGUCGUAGGGAUCACAGUCAUGGGAUCGAUCUUGGCUUUACUGAUUUAG